UUCUGCGAAAACUUUGCGAUACUUUCGAUAGAGUACAUUUCGGCUCUAUCAAUUCGCAUGAUAACGAAUAGAUAAGCGAUAAAAGAAAGAAAAUUGAUAAGUCUUAUCGAACGAAACGGCACAAGUAUAGAUGGGCAUACUCGAAGGUGCGCACUUAGACCGUCGCUUCAUUCCAUUCCGAUCGGUAGAAAGUGAAAUUUUGCACCAUCCAAAAUGGAAAACAUUCCAAACAAGAGUGAAAAUAUGGAAGUCGCAGACGAAACCGACACUAGGCCUAUUGAGUUGUCGGAGAAUGAAAAUAUUUCAAUUAGUUCAACUCACAGAGGCUCCAUUGUCAGCACACCAAUCGUGUUGGCGGCAGUAGAAGAGGAAAAGUAUAACACAACUUAUCCGAACCUUGGAAUAGCUCUUGUCAUCAACCAAGUGAAUUUUAAACGCAUGGCCAAGCGCGAAGGUAGUGAUAAGGAUCGUGAUAAUAUUAGUUCGGCAUUGAAAACAAAUGGAUUUGAUGUGCGCGUGUUUAAUGAUCUAACAAAAAAAGAGCUUAUUGCUAUGCUAAAAACGAUUGCUAGUGAAGAUCAUUGGCAGAACAGCUGUCUGGUAGUGGUGGUAAUGACACAUGGUGAAAAAGAUGUUCUGUAUGCAUCCGACAACGUAUACCCUGUGAGCGAACUGUGGGAACCAUUUGUUGGUGAUGCGUGCCUAUCGCUGCUUGAAAAACCGAAGCUGUUUUUCAUACAAGCUUGUAGAGGUGAAAAAUUCGACGACGGUGUCAAACUGGUCAAAGUGGUAACGGACACAGUCGAUGCCCAAUCGUCUCCAGAGCCACAGCCGUACGUUAUUCCUACCAUGGCGGACCUGUUGGUGAUGUAUUCCACCUAUGAUGGGCACUACUCGUGGCGCAAUCCCGUCAACGGUUCCUGGUUCAUGCAGUCUCUUAGCUACGUGCUGGAGAGGAACGCUCAUUCCGACAAGGAGAAGGACCUGCUACAAUUGUUGACUGCCGUUUCGAGAAAGGUCGCAUAUCAGUAUCAAUCGAACGUUCCUAACAAACUAAUAAUGGAUGCAAAGAAACAGAUGCCGUGCAUAGUGUCGAUGCUUACCAAGGAGUUCUACUUCCCCAAAAAUAAGAACACAAGCUAAGAACCGUGAGGGCGGUACGAUAUUACUGUAAUGUCACGCAUCUUCGACCAUUCUUUGUGUCUCUCUUUCACAGUUUUCAAACGUUUGCUCAACAAUAAAGUAUUCACCUUGUGUGCUACUGGUUUGCAUUAGA